UUCUACCCCUAUCUCAGUGAAUCAUAGCUAACAGGGUUAAGAAUUUAUUGAAAUCUGUUUGAAACUCCCAAGAACAGACCACAAGAACUGGAGGGAGAAAAGAGAGCUUAAGUCCAGCUUCGGACAUGUCUCCCGUUGUCUUCCUGCUUCAGGGAGCUUUCUUAGUUGCUGCAGUCAGUUCCAGGCCAACCACAAAGCUUUAUGGGGAGAUCACUUCCCCAAAUUAUCCCAAAACAUAUCCCAACAACAACAUCAGUACCUGGGCCAUUUCAGUGCCAAAGGGUUACAGAGUAAAGCUAAGUUUCCGGCUAUUUGAUCUGGAGCCAUCUGAGACCUGCCAAUAUGACUUUGUCAAGAUCACAGCAAACAAGAAGGACUUAGGCCGAUUCUGUGGCCAGGUAGACUCUGCCACAGGCAACCACCCAAGAGACAAGGUCUUUUUGUCUACCAACAAUCACAUGCGGCUCCUGUUCCAGUCUGACUUCUCUAAUGAGGAGAACGGCAUUGUGGUUUCCUAUAAGGGAUUCUUAGCUUAUUAUCAAGCUGUGGAUCUAGAUGAGUGUGCUCCCAGAAAUUACAUUGAAGAUGGUCCUCAGUGCCAGCAUUUCUGUCACAACUAUAUAGGGGGCUACUUCUGCUCUUGUCAGCCUGGCUACCAACUCCAGAGUGAUGGGUAUUCUUGCAAAGUGGAUUGCAGCAAUGAACUGUUCACAGAAACCUCCGGGUAUUUGUCAAGCCCGGGAUACCCUGAACCCUAUCCACCUCACUUGCAGUGUAACUACAGCAUACGGGUAGAGAAAGGGAUGACCAUUAUCCUCAAGUUCUUGCAACCCUUUGAAAUUGAUGACCACCAACAAGUCCGCUGCCCUUAUGACCAGCUUAAGAUCCGUGCUGGCAUGAAACAGAUUGGUGAAUUCUGUGGCAGAAAGCCUCCAAGGAUGAUUGAAACCAAUAGUUCUUCAGUGGAUGUUAUUUUUCUCACGGAUGAAUCAGGAUACAGCCGAGGGUGGAAGAUUUCGUACAGUAUAGAAAGAAUCCGUUGCCCACAGCCUGUGGCAAAUGAUGUCUUCACCAUCAUCAAGGACCCACAGCCCCUGUAUCAAUACCAAGACUACUUCAUUGUCAGCUGCAAAACUGGAUAUAACUUGAUGGAGGGUAAAGAACACUUGACAUCCUUUACCUCUGUCUGCCAACAUGAUGGGACCUGGCAUCGUUCUAUGCCCAGAUGUGAAAUUGUGAAUUGCGGUGAACCUAAAUUUCUGAGAAAUGGGGAAUUUAAUUUUGUAUCGGCAACAAAAAAUAACAACUAUGAGUCAGUUAUCAAGUACCGCUGUAAUGAACCCUAUUAUCGCCUGCUCAGCACCCCAGGAAAAGGUAUCUACACCUGCUCAGCUGAGGGUUCCUGGAAGGACCAAGUUAAUCAUGAUGACAUCCCAAUGUGUCUGCCAGUGUGUGGAAAGCCAGACAAGCCAAUCAUGGAAGUCCAGAGAAUUAUUGGUGGGAAGGAUGCCCCACGAGGCAGUUUCCCAUGGCAAGCUAUGACUGUCAUCGCUGGGCGAGCAGGAGGGGCACUGCUGGGUGAUCGCUGGAUCCUGACAGCUGCCCACACUGUGUACCCAAAAGGGAAAGGGAAUGACACAGAGAUGCUGACCCUUGCACAGAUGGCCGAGAAGGCUGAAAUCUUCCUGGGUCACACAGAUGUGACUGAGCUGUACAAGAAAGGCAAUAAACCAGUUCUCAGACUCUUUGUGCAUCCGGAUUACAAUCCAAACGAUGACCACGACUUUGAUGGAGACAUUGCGCUCAUUGAGUUGAGAGAUCCGGUGACCCUUGGCCCCGACAUGCUGCCUAUCUGUCUCCCUGAGUCAGGAAACACCACCUAUUACUAUACAGGUUGGAUGGGCUAUGCCAGUGGCUUUGGGGUAGAAAAAAACAUCCUUGCUAGCAGGCUGAAAUAUGCCCCCAUUCCAGUGGGCAACCAGGAUUUGUGUCGGAAGUGGUUGCAAGAAAGGAAGAAGGAUCAAGUCUUCUCAGACAACAUGUUUUGUGCUGGUACCCCCUAUGGAGGAAAAGACACCUGUCAGGGUGACAGUGGAGGGGCCUUAGCUGUGCGUGACCCAGAGACUCAGCGUUGGGUAGCCACAGGCAUCGUUUCUUGGGGCCUUGAUUGUGGCAAAGGAUAUGGCUUUUAUACCAAAAUCAUCAAUUACUUGGAUUGGAUCCAGGGCAUUGUUGGGAAGGAUUGGGUGUCCAUGCAGGUUUCUCAUUAGCCUACUGAAGAAGCAUAAACUAAAUUAUGAUUCCAUGCAUGCAGGGAAAUACAUACUUCUCAUUAGCUUUCUGCUGUUCUUGCUGCCCUGUCCUCUCUUUUUUUUGAUACCAAAUAAAUGUAUAGUUGCUUCUUUUAUUGCAGGGGUCUCCAACCUUGAUCCCUUUAAGACUUGUGGACUUCAACUCCCAGAGUUCCUCAGCCAGCUUUGCUGGGAGUUGAAGUCCACAAGUCUUAAAGGGACCAAGGUUGGAGACCCCUGUUUUAUUGGAUGGGAGAGGGGGGAAUAAUUCCUCUUGCCCAUCAUUUUUCUUCUCAUUCUCCGAUGCCGUCAGCAAAGAGUAAGUUUUUAGAAGAAGUGAAAGAUUUCUAAAUAGGAAAAGGAAGUGUUAUUUCUUCCCAUUUCCUCAUCCUCUUGGCUCAAAAGUUUCUUUCAGGUUCUUUCUAGGGACUCUAAGAUGGGAAAUGAUUGCACACACUAUAAUUUUGUGAAUGUGAAUAUAUUUUUAGCAUCUGGCUCCAGAAUCUGCCUCUACAUGCACUGUAGGAAUCAAAAGACAGCUACCAAAAUUUUUUGUAGAAAAUGGUACCCUUUUUUUCAUUUAUUGUUACAAGAAGUGAGAGAGCCCUUUAUCCCCUCUCAAAAUCAACAAUUAUUGGUUUAACUAACAGCUUCUAUUGAUACAGUCUCUAUGAAAUCUUUAGUUGCUUAGCAAAAUAAACUAAAGAUAGCUAAAUCAAACAUCUCAAAAAUAUCUGUGCAUUAGUUUCAUCAACAGCAGGGAGAACAUCUGAUACAAACUUCCGAUAAUGCCAUAACACGAUCUCAGAAAUAAUGUAUUUUUUUUGUAAUUAAUAAACAUUAAAGCAAGUUAUCAAUAAAUCACAACAUGUCAAGAACGAUUAUUUAUGGCAGAGAAUGUCAUGUGUGAUAAACUUUGCUGCUAAGACUAUGCAAAACUAUCUAGAACAGGGUAUAUCAAUUGCAGAGCUGGGGAAAGAACUGCUCUAAAUCUGUUGAUCCAGGUCUAUAAGCAGGAGACAUAAACCCAGGGCUGAUAUUUUUGUGCCUCUUGAUUUCUGUGUUCUGCAACAGGAAGCUCUUCUGUGUCUAUAUGCAAGGCUGUCUUAACAGCAUUAUGGGCCCGGGCAAAGCAGUGUACUGGGGCCCCUACCACAACUACUCACAGGAAUAAAAAUGUAAAUGGUUGAUAAAAUUAAA